CUCUCUCUCUCUCUCUCUCUCUCUAUUUAGUAUGAUAUGGAUGAAUGGAAGUGAUAUGUGUUUUCCCCUCUGCCCUCAAUCACCUAUGCUAUGUGAAACAGUGCCGUUUGGCAUGACGUGCAGAGGGGUCUCAACAACCAACCAUUAUUUAUUAUUGAUCAUGAUGAUUAGUUAACUGCUUCAUUUUAACCACUAACUACCAUUCUUUCACCCGCUAACAGCCCCAUCACGACGCCUGCCUGGCCGCCGUUUCCCCGUGGCGUGGAUUCCUUUCCGCCUCCCCUCCAACCAGCCCUGGAAGUUAACCUUAUUAUUAGUUACAACUUACCGGUCAGGCUGCGGCAAGCUCUGGCGAAUAAUGAAUGUGUCCCGUUUAACUAUGGGGCCGAGGACACCACGCCAAAGUAAAGUCCCUCUGAUUCACUCGCGACUUCGCUGGUUUCCUUGAAGCAUUGAAACCCCUUUCAUGCAAGACAGUCAGUCUAACGGAGCUGGCUAAUAUUUUAGGAUUCUCUCUCUUUUUUUUGUUUUUCCUUCUUUUGCUUGGUUGCUUCUUCUUUGGAAGCAGAGUAUUGAACGAUGCUGACGCUGGACCCUACCCUGCUGCUGGCAGCAACCAGUCCCGGCGCUUGCUGGUACGUAGUGGUGCUGACGAUGUGAUAUGAUGAGGCAGAAGGCCCGACAGCCCUCUUUUUUGUCUCUCUUCUGGCCCUACUGAUGCGAUGCCCCGUGGACCCAGGCGAGCUGCUGUUCUAAAUCGGGUCUACUCCGUGAAUUUUUGGCUUCGUCACUUUUUGUCUGCCAAUGCAGGGGAACAAAGCCGACGAGAUAGACUGGCUCCAAUAACUCUGAUCGUUUUUGUUCUGGUUCUGUCUGGAGACAGCGGGAUAAAUACUUUAUUGUCUGCUGCCAUUUUCUGUCAGAUCCUCUUUUUUGUCUUGUUGUAUUAUUUCAUGCCUCCUCCCAUAACUAACUAACUAACCGCUGCUUCUUCUUCAUCUCGGGCAACAUUCCUCUCGUGGUCAGAGUAUAUAUAUAUAUAUAAUCUUUGCUGCCCCUCCUGCUCUUCCGAACCGGAGCUAUAUUCGGAAACUAUUUCUCCCCCACUUCUUACUAUAUUACCCACCAGAUCUCGUGAAUCUAUAUAACUUUAUAGUAUCUAUCUGGUAUCUGUUUCGUUUUUGUUUUUGUUAUUACUUAAUUCCCCCUUCCGUCAGUUUGAAUACAUCCAGCAGCCAACAUGCCUGUCUCACAUCUCACAUUGACCGUGUCACAUUUGCCAACAUCAACUUCCUUCUUUCUCUCCUGCCUGCAACCUCUUGGAUACCGCUUUAUCGGCCGCCACGAUAACAAUGUUGGUUUUGGCUCCGUGCCUGGAGAGCCUGCAGACUUUUGGAUCGCAGAGGAGAGACCAGGAGUCCCUGCUGGUGCUGCGCAUGUAGCCUUUCCAGCCCCAUCUCGUGAUGCUGUUAGCCAGUUCUUCAUUGCUGCCCUGAAAGCAGGCGCAAAGAUCCAUGGAGAGCCGACUCUACGUGAUGCAGAACAGAAUUAUUACAGCGCUGCCGUUAUCGAUUUUGACGGUAAUAGCAUUGAAGCUGUUCAUCGCCCCAGAAGCUCUGGAUCAGAUAAGGCGUCUGCUGACAGGGCAUUGACGAUCAUUAAGAAUGGCUCCGUUGUUUCUAGGGCUUCGUCCACCAAGACGGAAAGUGUUGUCCGUGCUAAAUCAGAGAUCGGAACCUACGUUAGCAAAGCUAAGACAGCUGUUUCAAAACCCGCUGCCGCAAGCGCCUCGCCACAGAGCAGAGCACCAGCUUCGAUUCAACUUCAACAACAGCCUGUGCCUCAGCCAAGGGAUUCCACAAAUGGCGCUAAAGCUGUUGUUGGAACUCUUCUAGGAGCCGCUGCGGGAGCAGCAAUUGCGUAUUCCAUUUUCAAAGCCGACUCAUCAGAACCCUCACCAACACAACAGCAUCAGUAUGUUGAGCAACCUGCCCCUGCUUUUGCACCAGCACCAGAGCCAACAUUGUACAGGGCCAUAGAAGCACCACCUGCCCGAAGUAUGACCUUCGGCGGCGUCGAUAACGAGUACGCCGACUACGCACGGACUAUGCUGUCUAAAAACCCACGCGCAAGUACCAUCAUGGAAGGCCUCGAGAACUGCUCUAGGAUUUGGGGUCAAACCCAGAGUGUCCGGGGCGGUGAUGGGUAUGAAUACAACAACGCAGGUCGCCGCGCAUCCAGCGCAAGCGUAUACAGUGGCAUGCAGGACAUGGACAUCCCGAUCCGUGCCAUAGAAGCCGUCCCCUUCGAAGAAGAAGGCUCCGAAUGCUCCUACUCCUACGCGCGCAAACAACCAAGUACCUUCAUCAGCAGCUUCAAAGAACGACCCCACCACUACGACGACGACAACGCCAGCAACUACACCUCCUCGACGCUAAAAGCCUCUUCAAAAACCCAUCACUCAAGUCACUCAGCACACUCCCGCCCGUCCUCGCACCACUCGCACUCGUCCCGCUCCACCCGCUCCAUCAUCACUAUCAAGGAUAUCCACACGAGCUCCAAAUCCUCCACCCCAACCGCCUCCGUCUACUCCCACACCCACUCCGCCCGCAACAUCCCCCUCCCCUCAGGAUCAGUAACCACAAUCUCCACCUCCUCCAGCCGCCGCAGCAGCAAAGACCACCCCAGCAGCCGUGGCAGCAGCUCUCCAUCCAAGCACUCUUCCACCUCCCCCACCCGCAGCCACCACUCAAGCAGCAAGCAUUCCCACGCCAGCUACGCAAACUCCUCCCGCCACAUGCCGCUGCCAGACUCCGUCGCGGGCGCCAGCACGAUAUUCCUCGAGGGCGUCGAUGUCGAUUCGCACGUGACGCCUGUGGCGGCAAGUCGCGCGUCGACGUCGCGACGAUCGACACGGUCGAGCAAGUUUGAUGAACCCGUGCGGCCGAGCGAUAGUGUAAGUCAGGUGUCGACGAAUGUGUCGAGGCAGAGUGGGCGGAGUAGUCGGAGGUGAUGGGUUCGUUGUUGGGUGUUUUUGGGACUUUGGGACUCGUUCUGGUGUUGGGAGUUGGGAGUUGGGCGUUAGGAGUUGGGAGUUUGCGAGCUGGAGCGCCGCUGUGGGGUUUGUGGUAAUAUGGGUAUAGAAUAGAGGAAUAAGAGGGAGCUGUC